UGGUUCAGUCUUCAGGCCCGCGCCCGGUGCCCCCUCGCGCUGACCAAUCGCCGCACGUGUUGCAUCGUCCAGGGUACGGGCAAAGGGGAGGAGGCGGCGGCGGCCAUUUUGAGCCGCCGCCGCCGCCAUUGGAGUGCCCCCCCCCUUUCCCCCUUUGCCUCCUGACAGGCAAGGUUUAGGGAGGACAGAGUGCUGGGAGGCCGGGCCGGGCUCGGGGGCCGCCCCGGGGGCCCGGGCCAUGGAUGUGCGCCGUCUGAAGGUGAACGAACUUCGCGAGGAGCUGCAGCGCCGCGGCCUGGACACUCGCGGCCUCAAGGCCGAGCUUGCUGAGCGGCUGCUGGCGGCGCUGGAGGCCGAGGAGCCCGAAGACGAGCGGGAGCUCGAGGCCAACGACGAGCCGGGGAUACCCCGACACAACCACGAGGAGGUCGAGACCGAGGGGGGCUCCGAGCUGGAGGGGACCGCGCAGCCACCGCCGCCCGGGCUGCAGCCGCACCCGGAGCCCGGCGGCUACUCGGGGCCGGACGGACAUUAUGUCAUGGACAAUAUUACCAGGCAGAACCAAUUCUAUGAGACACAGGUCAUCAAGCAAGAAAACGAGUCAGGCUACGAUAGGAGACCACUGGACAUGGAGCCACAGCAGCAGACCUAUCGGCCAGGAGAAGUGAAGACAGAAAUGAAGCAGGAAGCACCACUCGGCUUCCUCCCUCCUGAAGCUUCACAGCUGAAAACAGACAGACAGCAGUUCCAGAGUCGAAAGAGGCCUUACGAGGACAACCGGGGCCGGGGAUACUUCGAGCACCGGGAGGACCGAAGGGGCCGCUCUCCUCAGCCUCCCGCUGAAGAGGAUGAAGAUGACUUUGAUGACACCCUUGUUGCCAUUGACACAUAUAACUGUGACCUGCAUUUCAAGGUGGCCAGAGAUCGGAGUAGUGGCUAUCCAUUGACAAUUGAGGGCUUUGCAUACCUCUGGUCAGGAGCCCGUGCAAGCUACGGGGUCCGAAGGGGCCGUGUGUGUUUUGAAAUGAAGAUCAAUGAGGAAAUCUCCGUGAAGCACCUUCCAUCUACAGAGCCUGACCCCCACGUUGUCCGUAUUGGCUGGUCCCUGGACUCUUGCAGCACUCAGCUAGGUGAAGAGCCUUUCUCCUAUGGUUAUGGAGGCACAGGGAAGAAGUCCACCAAUAGCCGAUUUGAAAACUAUGGAGACAAAUUUGCAGAGAAUGAUGUGAUUGGCUGCUUUGUGGACUUUGAAUGUGGAAGUGAUGUGGAACUUUCCUUUACUAAGAAUGGGAAGUGGAUGGGUAUUGCCUUCCGAAUCCAGAAAGAAGCCUUAGGGGGUCAGGCCCUCUACCCUCAUGUCCUGGUGAAGAAUUGUGCUGUGGAGUUCAACUUUGGACAGAGGGCAGAGCCCUACUGUUCCGUUCUCCCAGGGUUCACGUUCAUCCAGCACCUUCCCCUUAGUGAGCGGAUCCGGGGCACCAUUGGACCAAAGAGCAAAGCAGAAUGUGAGAUUCUAAUGAUGGUGGGCCUGCCUGCUGCCGGCAAGACCACAUGGGCCAUCAAACAUGCAGCCUCCAACCCUUCCAAGAAGUACAACAUUCUGGGUACCAAUGCCAUCAUGGAUAAGAUGCGGGUGAUGGGACUGCGCCGGCAACGGAACUAUGCUGGUCGCUGGGAUGUCCUGAUCCAGCAGGCCACUCAGUGCCUCAACCGCCUCAUCCAGAUCGCUGCCCGCAAGAAACGCAACUAUAUUCUAGAUCAGACAAAUGUUUAUGGGUCAGCCCAGAGACGAAAAAUGAGACCAUUUGAAGGCUUUCAGCGGAAAGCUAUUGUAAUUUGUCCAACUGAUGAAGACUUAAAAGACCGAACAAUAAAGCGAACUGACGAAGAAGGGAAAGAUGUCCCAGAUCAUGCGGUCUUAGAAAUGAAAGCCAACUUCACAUUGCCUGAUGUGGGGGACUUCCUGGAUGAGGUUCUGUUCAUUGAACUUCAGCGGGAAGAAGCAGACAAGCUGGUGAGGCAGUACAAUGAGGAAGGCCGCAAGGCUGGCCCACCCCCUGAAAAGCGCUUUGACAACCGAGGUGGUGGCUUCCGAGGCCGUGGGGGUGGCGGUGGUUUCCAGCGCUAUGACAACCGAGGUCCUCCUGGAGGCAACCGAGGAGGUUUCCAGAACCGGGGAGGAGGUGGCAGCGGUGGUGGAGGAGGCAACUACCGAGGAGGUUUCAAUCGCAGUGGAGGUGGUGGCUACAACCAGAACCGCUGGGGUAACAACAACCGGGAUAACAACAACUCUAACAGCCGAGGCAGCUAUAACCGGGCUCCCCAGCAACAGCCACCGCCACAACAGCCACCACCGCCACAGCCACCACCACAGCAACCACCACCACCACCCAGCUACAGCCCUGCUCGGAACCCCCCAGGGGCCAGCACCUACAGCAAAAACAGCAACAUCCCUGGCUCUAGCGCCAAUACCAGCACCCCCACCGUGAGCAGCUACAGCCCUCCACAGCCGAGUUACAGCCAGCCACCCUACAACCAGGGAGGCUACACCCAGGGCUACACAGCCCCACCACCUCCACCUCCGCCACCACCUGCCUACAACUAUGGGAGCUAUGGCCCCUACAAUCCUGCCCCCUACACCCCACCACCACCCCCCACCGCACAGACUUACCCUCAGCCCAGCUAUAACCAGUAUCAGCAGUAUGCCCAGCAGUGGAACCAGUACUACCAGAACCAGGGCCAGUGGCCACCAUACUACGGGAACUAUGACUAUGGGAGCUACACCGGCAGCACACAGGGUGGCACAAGCACACAGUAGCCGGUGUCUCAGGAGGCUCCCGGAGGCCCCCGCCGGCUUCCUCCACCAGCGCCAGCCUCGGCCCCUUCUAUCCCCUCUGGGUCCUGUGGUGCUGGGGACAGGGUCAUCCCAGGGCUGCCUCCCUCUAGCCCACCAACUCCCAUCUGAGGGGCUUCUUCCCCCAUACAGGCCAGGCAUUUUUUCUCUGGAUUUAAACAGGCAACAGUGACCUUUUCUUUUCUUUGUCCCCUCCCCUCCACUUCCCACCAUGUCCUCAUCUCCCUGCCUUUUUGACUAAAGAAUCCUCUUCUCCCUUGGUCACACAGCGAGGCCACAGUGACUGAGGGGAGGACCCCUGCCUGUCCACCCCUCCUCACCCUGCUGUAGCCCCUCGGCUUCCCAGACUCUCAUGCAGUUGGUUGUAAAUUCCUCCAGGAGCUGUUUUACUGUCUACUUUUCAGGAUUUAAAAAAAAAAAAAAAAAAUCAAAAACUGAAAGAAAAAAAAAGUUUAAGAAGCAAAAUGCAGAGGGAGGAAGCAGUGACAUUUUUUUGGUAAUUAUGCUUUUUUUUAAUUUUUAGAAUUUGUCUGUUUUUACUGUGGGUCAGCCAUUGAUACUUCAUCAAAUAACCAUUUCUUUGCUGAGUUCAGGUGAUGGACACCCUCAACACACAAAAAAAAUCAUCUUUAACCUAACUUUUUAUAUGAUGUCUCAGUUCCCCGUAACUUUGCACACAAGCUUCUGUGUUCAGUUGAAUUGUAACUGCUUUUUGUAUUUGGAGAGAGUGUGACUAUUGAACUUGAAACCUUUUAUUCCAGGCGUCUUGGUAGUUUCUGGUGGGGCUUAAGUGGGAGAGAGGGUAAAGGGAAGGUGGGGGUUGGGGGACUCCUUCCCUUUAGAACCUGAAGUUUCCCCCGUGCCUCCUCUCUGAAGCUCUUCCAGGUGCCAGACCUCAGAAGUUUUACAGUUGGCCUCUUUGAUUAUUCUUACUUCCCCUUCACUCAUAUGUUUUAACAGGAUUUUAACAAACUGCACUUAUUAAGAAAUGUUUUGCCCUG